AUGCUCCAGAACAAGCAAGCGAGUAGUAAAGUAAACCAUGCAAUCAACAGAGAAGUCAAUGAGCUCUCACUAUGUGUGGCCCUGGAACAGCCCCACAGCCCCAUGAGGAAGAAUGAAGAAGACUUUCGUGAAAACCAGAACACAUCAGGAAACGACAGCUCACUGAGGAGCAGAGCUGUGCAGAGCAGAGGGCACGGAAAGGCCAAACAGGAUGAAGAGCAGGUCACCAUUGAGCUGGAUUCUACAAGAAACAAAGAAGAUGAAAAGGACGAUCAAGAGAUGCAUCCAAAAGGGUAUCUGGAAAGGAAGUAUGGCAUGAUUCAGGAUUUUUAUCACAAACACAAAACCACCUUUCGGUACAUCUUCUGGGUCAUCUUAUUAGCAGCUUACCUGGCUAUGGUGAUUGCCGCAUGUGCGUUCAACUUUCACCGAGCCCUUCCUCUCUUCAUGAUCACCGUGGCUGAUUUCUUUGUGGUCUGAGGUCACUUUAUGGCCAAAUAUGAUCAUCGAAUUGAAGAGCUCCUGUCUCCUGGCAGAAGGUUUCUGGACAGCCAUUGGUCCUGGCUGAAGUGGGUGAUUUGGAGCUCUCUGAUCCUGGGAGCUAUUUUCUGGCUGAUCUUUGACACUGCCAAACUGGGCCAACGGCAGCUGGUGUCCUUCGGUGGGCUCAUAAUGUACGUUAUCCUGAUGUUUCUAUUUUCCAAACACCCAACCAGGGUUCGCUGGAGGCCUGUCUUUUGGGGAAUUGGGUUACAGUUUCUUCUUGGGCUCUUAAUACUAAGGACUGUCCUUGGACUUAUGGCUUUUCAGUGGUUGGGCAAACAAGUUCAGACCUUCCUGGAGCACACUGACGCUGGUGCUUCCUUUGUCUUUGGUGAGAAAUACACAGACCACUUCUUUGCAUUUAAGGUCCUGCCAAUCAUGGUUUUCUUCAGCGCCGCCAUGUCCAUGCUCUACUACCUAGGACUGAUGCAGUGGAUCAUUAGAAAGGUUGGAUGGCUCAUGCUGGUUACUGUGGGAUCAUCUCCUAUUGAAUCUGUGGUUGCAGCCGGCGGUAUAUUCAUCGGGCAAACGGAGUCUCCACUGCUGGUCCGGCCAUAUUUACCACACGUCACCAGGUCCGAACUGCAUGCAAUCAUGACCGCUGGGUUCUCUACCAUCGCUGGAAGUGUCUUAGGCGCAUACAUUUCUUUUGGGAUUUCACCCACCCACAUAUUAACUGCUUCAGUUAUGUCAGCGCCUGCGUCAUUGGCUAUGGCUAAACUCCUUUGGCCUGAGACAGAAACACCUAAAAUAACCCUGAAGAAUGCCAUGGAAAUGGAAAUGGGUGAUUCGAGGAAUCUCCUAGAAACAGCAUCACAGGGAGCAUCUGCAUCCAUCUCCCUGGUGGCAAACAUCGCUGUGAAUCAGAUUGCCUUCCUGGCCCCGUUGUCUUUUGUGAACCCAGCCCUGUCCUGGUUUGGAAACAUGUUUGACUACUCACAGCUGAGUUUCGAGAUAAUAUGCUCCUACAUCUUCAUGCCCUUUUCCUUCAUGAUGGGAGUGGACUGGCAAGACAGCUUUAUGGUUGGCGAACUCAUAGGUUAUAAGACCUUCUUCAAUGAAUUUGUGGCUUAUGAGCACCUCUCAAAAUUGGUGCAUUUAAGGAAAUAGGCUGGACCCAAAUUUGUGGAUGGUGUCCAGCAAUAUAUAUCGAUUCGUUCUGAGACAAUCGCCGCUUACGCUCUCUGCGGCUUUACCAAUUUUGGUUCCCUAGGAAUAGUGAUUGGUGGACUAACAUCCAUGGCUCCUUCGAGGAAGCGUGACAUUGCCUCAGGGGCAGUGAGAGCUCUGAUUGCGGGGACCGUCGCCUGCUUCAUGACCGCCUGCAUCGCAGGCAUCCUCUCCAGCACUCCUGUAGACAUCACCUGCCAUCACAUUUUAGAGAACACCUUCGCCUCCAGCUUAUCUCAAAACACAACUGAUGUGGCGUCAUGUUGUCAGAGCCUACUGAGCAGCACUGUUGCCGUGGGUCCCGGGGAGGUCAUCCCAGGAGGGAACCACAGCCUGUCUUCUUUGAAGACCUGCUGUGAAUUGUUGAAGCCAUCAACACUGAACUGCACUUGGAUCCCUGACGAACUCUGAGUUCAGCCACUUCUCCAACAGAACUCUAAGUACAGAUGCUGAACUUUCUGCUUUGGGGAGAAAAAAAAUGUAUUCUCCACAGAUUGAUACUUCCAUCAUGGAGUCAGCUUUAACUGGAAAGAAGAAACACAGGAGUGCACCCUUCAGAUCUAGAGCAUCUUCCUCCCCUCCUCAGCCCCGUCCCCGCUGAGAACUACUAUAGUGACCCAAAGUGAGGUGUUGUCUCCAGUCCCGCAAAUGUCUUCUGACCUUAGAAUUUCAGGACAUUUAACCAGAA